AUGGAGAUCUCAGCUUCCAAGAAGAUCCUUUGGCUUUGCUCCCCGGAACUCCUCGAUCCCUCCACGCUGGGACCGCCAGUUGCAGCGUCGCCGUCGGGAAUCGCUCUGCGUGGACUCUUUGUGGUGAACAGCUCGGUGGGGCGGGAGCACUACCUCGAGAGUCCAUUGGCAUGGCAUGGGCUGGGUGGAGGGCUCACGAGGCGAGGGAGUGCCUCAGUGGAUUUGACGCUGGAGACGUGCAGCCCCGAGGACUUUGGAGGGGAAUCCAUCGCUCAGGUGCCUCAGCGAUUGGAGGCUCUGAGCCGCUACGAUUUCAUCGCGCCUCGGAGGCCGUCAGACUCGGUGGAGGUCUUGGGUGGCGGCAAGCGCACCAGCAUGACAGAGCAUGAGGGCUGGAAGGAGAUCCUCAAGCGCUUGAAGGUUCCACUGCUGGGCAUUUGCCUAGGACCGGUGGUACCGAAGAAGCACCGUGACGAGUCUGACGGUGCUCUUGGAGCAUUGAUCGCAACAGCUGACGCGGGCGCAUGGGAUGAAGCUCAGCAAGCUGGAGACUGGGCUGGAAGAGAUGAGUACGAGUACCAGGAUCCCUCUGGCAAGUACAUGCUGGGCUGCCAGGGUCAUCCCGAAAAGCCGGCCACCGAGCCCUCCGUGCGGCAGGAGCUCUUCGGGCGCUUCUUCCGGGCAGUGGAGCGCGUGCGCACGCGCGGAGGCUCCGUGCGUGGGAGCGAAGAGUUGGAGCAGGUGGAGGCGGUGGAGGGAUCCAAUCUUCUGGAUGGAUGCGAUGUGGAGAAUGGAUUGAAACUGGAAGAGGAAUGCGGAAUUGGAUGUGACGGAUCUUUGAACCUGGAAGAGGACGAGGGAUCUUCGGUGGAUCAAGGUGAAGAUGAUGGAGGAGAUGGAGAUGACAUUGAGUCAUCUUGA